UGGGGUAGGGUGGGGCAGGGCGGGCCGCGCGGGGCUACGGGAGUGAGUGGCCGGGGCGCGCGAUGGGGGAGGCGGCCGUGGCCGCGGAGCCCUGCCCGCUGCGCGAGGACAGCUUCACGCGCUUCUCGUCGCAAAGCAACGUGUACGGCCUGGCGGGCGGCGCGGGCGGGCGCGGGGAGCUGCUGGCCGCCACCCUUAAAGGCAAGGUGCUGGGCUUCCGCUACCAAGACCUCCGACAGAAAAUCCGGCCGGUAGCCAAGGAGCUGCAGUUCAAUUACAUACCCGUGGAUGCCGAGAUUGUCUCCAUCGACACUUUCAACAAGUCGCCCCCAAAACGGGGCCUGGUCGUGGGGAUCACGUUCAUCAAGGAUUCAGGGGACAAAGGCAGCCCCUUCCUUAACAUUUACUGUGACUAUGAGCCUGGCUCUGAGUACAACCUCGACUCCAUUGCCCAGAGCUGCCUGAACCUGGAACUCCGGUUCACUCCUUUCCAGCUGUGCCAUGCCGAGGUCCAGGUCGGGGAUCAGCUGGAGACCGUGUUUCUCCUGAGCGGGAAUGACCCGGCCAUUCAUCUCUACAAGGAGAACGAGGGGCUGCACCAGUUUGAGGAACAACCCGUGGAAAAUCUCUUCCCAGAGCUCACCAACCUGACCAGCAGUGUCCUCUGGCUGGACGUCCACAACCUCCCCGGCACAUCCCGGCGACUGUCAGCCCUGGGCUGUCAGAGUGGUUAUGUCCGCGUGGCCCAUGUGGACCAGCAGAGUCGAGAGGUUUUGCAGACGUGGACGGUCCUGCAGGACGGCCCUAUCUCCCGCGUGAUCGUGUUCAGCCUGUCGGCCCCUGAGGAGACCGGGGACGGGCCGCAGCGGGAAGAGUACAGCGUGCUCGUGGCCAGCAUGCUGGAGCCGGCUGUGGUGUAUCGGGACCUGCUGAGCCGGGGGCUGGAGGACCAGCUUCUGUUGCCUGGCAGUGACCAGUUUGACAGCGUCCUCUGUGGUCUGGUCACCGAUGUGGAUUUGGACGGGCAACCGGAAGUCCUGGUGGCCACCUAUGGGCAGGAGCUGCUCUGUUACAAGUACUGCGGCCCUGAGUCGGGGCUCCCCGAGGCCGAGCGCGGAUUCCGCCUGCUGUGGCAGAGGAGCUUCCCCAGCCCGCUGCUGGCCAUGGCCCACGUGGACCUGACCGGGGACGGGCUGCGGGAGCUCGCCGUGGUCUCCCUGAAGGGCGUGCACAUCCUGCAGUCUGAUUCAGGCCUCGGAGCUGGUCCUGACGCGGCUUCGGCACCAAGUGGAGCAGAGGAGACGUCGGUCACAAGUGCUGGGGGACAGCGUGGGCCCGGGGCCUGCUGGGACGUCGGCCUCCUGAGCACCCACCCACUGCCCCCCAUUGGGGUGCUCACCUCCAGCCCUUCCUGAGGCGGGGGGUCGGGGGGGGAGGGAAGAGUCCUAAAGGAGGGCAUGCCUGGCCAGCCCCCAGGUGCUGGGACUGUGAGCUCUUGCCCUGGCUCUGUCCCAGGGCGCCCUGCGACCUCACCUAGUGCACUCCUCUGUGCCUCAGUGUUCCCAUUGAAAAUCGCUUACCCUGCCCCCCUUCCACUCCAGGUGAGAACUGGCCAGCCACCGAUUGUUUUAUGUCCCGAGGAGCUGGACUUCCCGUUGUCUUUAUUCUUUUGUUCAGCAAGCGAGUCCUGAGAGCCUGGCCCCAGGUGCUGGGCUGGACUCUCCCAGAAGAACGGAGGGAGGGACAUGGGAGAGAGGAUCCAGGGAUAGACCAGAGGCAGGACUGAGAAGAGGCCGCAGUGUAGACCUCGGAGGAGAGAAAUGAGGCUGGGCCCUCGCCGAAAGGCUGAGGUUAAACCGCUGUGGAAAAGACCAGACUACAGGGCAGCCGUUUUCAGCCGGUGCCGCGAGAAGUGUUAAAGCAUGCAGUACCUGACUGUUUAGUCAGGGCACGGACCUCUUCCCCUUAGAUUGUCAAAUAAAAAAAUGACAGCAGCCGCAUGGCCAGUGUGGCUCAGUGGUUGAGCACCAGCCUGUGGACCAAGAGGUC